CCCCUAUUCUUCUUACCUUUCCUCAACUGAACAGUAAAAACAGGUUGCAUGGAUCUUCUCUGCAACGCCUACUCUAAUUCCUCCGAUGAAGAACCCGAACCCAACCCUAAACCAACAUUUAGACCCGAAUCCAGAACAGAAUAUGGAACUGUCUUUUUACCUCCUUCGAAGCGACCCAAACCCGACAACCCGCUAAAGCUUCAAAGUGAAGCUCCACUUCCUGGUAGAUACAUAUCCAAGAGAGAGCGAGCUCUUCUUCGUCAAGCUUCUUCUGCCUCUGAUUCGCCGCCGGACCAGAAUCCCAAUCCAUCUCUUUUCACUUCACCUGUUUUGGGAAGCAUUACAGAUUCUAAUUUACCCCGUGAUAUUUUGUCAUCAUUAAGAAAAGCAAAGGGUCACACACGGCAGAGCCAAAUAUCUGAAAGGCUUUUUACAUCUCUGCAUAGCCACACAAAAGCUGUUAAUGCUCUCAGUUGGUCACAAAGUCAUGCUCAUCUUCUUGCGUCUGCUGGGAUGGAUCAUACCAUCUGUAUAUGGAAUGUGUGGAGUAGAGAUCAGAAGAUAGCACGGAUAUUCAGAGUUCAUAAUGCUGCAGUGAAAGAUGUGAAAUGGUCGAAGCAUGGAUUAUCAGUGCUUUCAUGUGGAUAUGACUGCUCAUCAAGAUUGACUGAUGUUGAAAAGGGAAUAGAGACUCAGAUAUUUGAGGAAGAUCAGAUUGUUGGAGUUAUCAAGUUCCAUCCAGAGAACUCCAAUCUUUUCCUUUCUGGGGGAUCAAAGGGCCGCAUCAGAUUAUGGGAUAUCAGAACAAGAAAGGUGGUCCAUGAAUAUAUUCGAGGUCUCGGUCCAGUACUGGACAUUGAGUUUUACAUUAAUGGCAAGCAGUUUAUCUCAUCUAGUGAUGUUAGUGGAGGCAAUGUUAGUGAAAAUUCUAUUAUUGUUUGGGAUAUCUCACGGCAGGUUCCAUUGUCCAACCAGAGAGGGGCCUGGCACAAGAAUGAAUCCUUGUCGUCACAGUGCCUUGUUGGCAUUCCUAAUCAGGUGUACGUGGAAGCCUACACGUGUCCUUGUAUAAGGCAUCACCCACUGGACCCGUGUUUUGUUGCCCAGUCAAAUGGAAAUUAUAUUGCAAUCUUCUCCUCAAGUCCCCCAUUCAAGUUGGACAAAUACAAAAGGUAUGAAAGCCAUGGAGUAUCUGGGUUUCCUGUUAGGUGCAACUUCAGUUUGGAUGGUGAGAAGCUUGUAUCCGGCUCUUCAGACGGUUCUAUAUACUUCUAUAACUAUAGGUCAUCAGAUCUUAUAAGGAAAAUAAAGGCAUAUGAACAGGCCUGUAUAGAUGUUGUUUUCCAUCCAAUAAUGCCUAAUGUAAUUGCUUCAUGUGGUUGGAAUGGAGAGGUAUCCGUAUUUGAGUGAGAGCUAUAUAACUCUCCACUUCGUUCUACAACAAUUAUUGGUUGCUUAAAGCUGUACAAAAUAAGCAAAAAUUGAAAGGGAAACUUAUUGAAAGCGAUGUUGUGCAGUUUUAUGCUUUUCUGAGUGGAAAAGGAAUGAAUGAGAUUGUACUAAGCCAAAUAUGCUUGUAGUGUAACGUGCUAUUUUUCUGGCUAUGAAAAAGAUUGGUGUAAA